AUGCUGUCUUCCCGAGCUUUUAAUGCAGCGGCACGUUCGUCUCUCAGACAUCCUCUUCUCGCCAAGAGACUAGCUUCCUCUGGUCGAACCGCUGAUCCUAAGAUCCAUGGUCGCAACGAUGGAGACGAGCCUAGUCUUUUCCCAACAGACCCCGAAGGUUUGGAUGAUGUAGCAAAUCCCAAGACUCCGGCAGAUGAGGUUGUACCGGACAUUCGACCACCUGGUUUUGAAAAGGAACCGCUUAAGCCUCCUAAAAACCCAAGAGCCACUUCACACAAAAUUGAGUCUACUCCGGUUGGUCUGCCCGCAGACCGUAGUCUACAACAGAAACGAAAAUAA